AUGGCAGCCAAGGUUGUCCUGGGCGACAUCACGCUGCAAGCGCACGACGUCGCGACGCUGCGGCCGGGCGGAUGGCUCGGCGACAUGGUUAUCGCCUACUUUUUCGAGCGGCUGGCCGGCAGCUCGGGCGGCGGCGUAGUACUCCUCGAGCCGUCCACGGCCUUCACGGCGGCUACGCUCGGCGAUGCGGACGUGCUGCGCGAGAUGCUCUCGGUGGCGCCGACAGGGGGCGCCACGCCGCUCGCCGAUGAGCUCGCCGCUGCCAACCUCGUGCUGAUUCCGGUCAACGACAACGAGGACCCCGACGCGGCCGAGGGCGGUGGGCACUGGUCGCUGCUUGUCUUUCGACGCCACGGGCAGGAGGGCGGCGCGGCGCGCUUCGAGUACUACGACAGCCUGCUCGCCUCCAACCUCGCCCACGCAAAGCGGGUCGCGGCGACGCUGGCGCCGCUGCUGCUGCCGCAAACGGCGGGCGACUCGGCCGGGAGGCUGCCAGUGGCGUGCCUGCCGACGCCGCAACAGGCCAACGGGCACGACUGCGGUGUCUAUGUGAUCGCCAUCGCCGCGAUUGUGGCCGGAGCGCCGUCCGAGGCAUCAGGACAGCCCCUCUCGGAGGCGGUGAGCGCGGCCGUGAGCGCGCUGACGCCUGCGGUGAUCACGGCGCAGCGGCGCGAGUACCACGCACACCUAACGCGGGCGCUGGACGGCGGCGGCGGGCAGUGA